AUGGCCGUCCAGGACGAACUUGAGUACCUCAAAUCUCUCGUCUCCCAGUUGAACGACAAGAUCAAGUCGCUCGAGGACAAGGCGAAGGCCGCCGCCGGGGUGCCCAAGACGCCAGCGCAACAGCUCCGCACCAUCCUCGUCGGCCCCCCGGGCGCAGGCAAGGGCACGCAGGCGCCGCGGAUCCGCGAGACGUUCUGCGUCUGCCACAUCGCGACUGGGGACCUGCUCCGCGACCAGGUCUCGCGCAAGACGCAGCUCGGCGUCGAGGCGAAGAAGAUUAUGGACGCCGGCGGGCUCGUGGGCGACGGCAUCGUCGUCGGCAUGAUCAAGGACCAGCUCGAGAACAACAAGGACUGCAAGAACGGCUUCGUCCUCGACGGCUUCCCGCGCACGGUCCCGCAGGCGGAGAAGCUCGAUGAGAUGCUCCUCGAACGCAAGGAGAAGCUUAAUUCGGUCGUGCAGCUCGUGAUCGAGGACCAGCUCCUCAUCUCGCGCAUCACCGGCCGUCUCAUCCACCCCGCCAGCGGCCGCUCGUACCACAAGGAGUUCAACCCUCCGAAAAAGCCUAUGACGGACGACAUCACCGGCGAGCCCCUCAUCCAACGCUCGGACGACAACGUCGAAGCCCUCCGCAAGCGCCUAAAGGUCUUCCACGAGCAGACCGGCCCCGUCGUCGACUACUACAAGCAGAAGGGCAUCUGGAAGCCGAUCGACGCCGCGCAGUCGCCCUCCGUCGUCUGGGGGAACCUCCGGAGCGUGCUCACCAGCUCCGCCACGAAGCAGUCGUGA